GUGGGUUCUGCACAUCGGUUUGCUCAAUGGCUGGAGUUGGUUCGUAAGAGAAGCGGGAAAUAUCGUGCCUCGGGGUUCCCCCGCCGCCCUCACGGGCUUGACACCAUGCCCUCUGGGUCUUCCAUCUUGCUCUCUUAUCAUUACUCAUUGCCGUAAAAUUGCUAUGACAAAUCUAAUUAUGAUAGUUUAAGUAUUAAUUUACUUAAUUGUUUGGCAAUUUAAUUAAUGGUAUCAUAGGUUGCAAUUUGGACUAGACUUUGUGAUAUCUGGAACUGAUUUCAUAUUCAAUUAUGACUUGAUUGCUAAAAUUAUUAGUUUGGGGUACUUGCCUAUUUAAAACUGAGUGGCCAUUAUUGGAAUUCAAUCAAGGAUUUGGGCGUUGGCUAUUGAACUAGAUUUUGGACCGGAGGAAUGACAUAAGGGUGGGAGAUUUGCAAAUCUAAAGUUAUAUUUGUAAUUCAAAUGUAGUUGGAAGAGAAAAUUAUUUAGUGUACAUACACAUGGUGUGUUUUAUUUGCAUAUAUAAUUUGCGUGUAAUAGUGCUUCUAGAAAUGAUAGGAAUGCAUAACCAACACAUAAAUGAAACUUGGCUCUCUCCCAAGUGAAUUGCUUAUUUCCAUUGGAAGAAGCGCUUGAUAAUUCACCCGCCUGUUACUGUGAAAUAAGCAAAGUAAGGAGUUAUAAGAAACAUUUUGGUAGUUUAUUUAACUUGUGUUUAUGUAAAUGGAAAAGUGACAAUAACUUUCCUUUUAACCUGCUUAUCACUACGAUUACCUUUUAGUGCACGAGAAUUGCUUGUUGAUUCAAAAAGUGAUCCUCCUCCUGAACAAGCUCAAGAGACCAGUUUAUGGGAAAGGCUUGGUAAAGCUGCUGUGUUGGACAUUGAGUCUAGCUCAUUUUCCUGGGACAUGCUUUCUUCACUUCACCACACUGAGCAUAGUAGUAGCACCGAACAAUCUGAGGAUGAAAUGAAUAAAGCACUUGAGGUAACUGUAAAUUCUGGGGGAGUUGUUUUCUUUGCAUUAUUCAACCAGCAUGGAAACAAUGAUGCUUCUUCUAAGGAAGCAGCAGCUGUCAUAAAAUUUUCAUCUUCAAGGAUGGCCACACAAUCUGAACGCCUUGGCUAUGAAUUUGCGAAGUGGCUAGGAGUCCAAACUCCACAGGCUAGAGUCAUUCAUAAUUGCAGCACAGAGUGGCUCCAGAUUAAGGAAGCUGCAGAAAAAGCAAGAGUUACAGCAAAUUCGGAAGGAGAUGAAGUUGGCGAAGUUACAUGUUCAGAACUUCUGGAAGCUCUUGAUCUUAGCCGAUGUCUUCUUCUGAUGAGUUAUAUUCAUGGAUCUCCUUUAUUGGAAAGCUCAACUGCACUUGAUUCACGUGAAAAUGCGGAAAAAACUGCAGCUGCUCUCGGUCGGGUCUUGAUGUUGGACCUUGUCAUCAGAAAUGAAGAUCGAUUGCCUUGCCGACAGCUCAGAUGGCGUGGGAAUGCCACAAAUUUAUUGUUGGCUGAUAAAAUGAUCUCUGCAAACAUGAAUGCAUUGGAGGAUGUUUUCGAUUCUGCUAUCAACCGGUACAGACCAAGUGUGAUUAGGGCUCUUCAGAAAGAAAGAAGGGCAACUUCAGUGGAUAGUAGAUUGAACUCUAAUGAGCCAGGAAUUGCAUCACAGGGCUGUGAUCUUUCUGAUGUCAAAGAAUCUCCAAAAUCUAGUAACAAGAGCCUAAGAAGUCAAACAUCAGAGGAGUCAUUAUUCUCUGAACUCCAAAAGUUUCACAUUGUAGCCAUUGACUCUGGUGUUCCUCGCCGGCCUCCUGCUGGGAAACGUGCAAAUGACCAGACAAAUUAUCCUAAACUGGUUGAGUUACUUCUUAACAGUUCUGAUUACUCCUCUAAUUUGUUAUAUGAAAUAACAGGAGGGAAAUUAGGAACUUCUUUAGAAGACACCAACACAACUGAUAUACGAGGAACAGAAAUUACUUCAGUUGUUCAGGAAUUUCGUAGUGGAUUUCGGGCUGCGCUUAGGGAUCUUCAAGGUUUCCAUAUAUUCCUUCUAACACUUAACCAAAAACUGGAUAGUUUGUUACGAGCAUUUAUGAAUAUUACAAAUAAAACUGCUGGGGACUUUGACAGAGAAGAUAUGGUUGUUCCCGAGUCACCUUUGCAUGUAGGAGUUCAUUGUCCUUCUCCACCAACACCAAGUAAGGACCGGUUCCUUAAUGAUAAUCAUCCAGAUUUUAGUGAUUCAGAACUACAGAAAACAGCACCAAGAUCAUCAUCUUCAGGAAAUAAAGAAAGCUCAGACUCUCGUUCUCCCAUCUCCAGAGAAAUUUGGCAUGGGAAGUUCUCCAGGGGAAGCGCAGAGCCCAUUCAUAGCCUCCGUUUGACAACAAAGCUUCGUGACAUCCAUAAGUUUGCCAAGGUUGAUAUUGAAUCAAAUAAAGAACUGGAGCAAUGGAAUGAAAUGCUGAGAAAUGAUGUCAUCAAACUGUGUCAGGAGAACAAUUUCAAUACAGGAUAUUUUGAGGGCAGUGAUAAUAACUGUGUUGUUGAUGCUUAUGAGUUGAAGGUCAGACUAGAGCACAUCCUUGAUAGAAUAUCAUUGAUCUCUGAUGCUGCAAAUACAGAGAAACCAUCAUCAAUCACAAAUAGCUUGUUCAUUGGUGGGGCCCUAGCUGCUAGAUCCAUUUAUACUUUACAACAUGUAGGAAUCACUCACAUAGUGUGUUUGUGUGCCAAUGAAAUUGGGCAGUCAGAUUCUCAGUACCCUGAUCUAUUUGAGUACAGAAAUUACUCUAUAUGUGACAACGAAGAUGCAAAUAUCAGCAGUAUAUUUGAAGAAGUUUCCAAUUUUAUUGAUCAUGUUGAAUCAAUAGGCGGGAAGGUUCUAGUUCAUUGCUUUGAAGGGAAGAGUAGAAGUGCCACAUUAGUUCUUGCUUACUUAAUGCUUAGGAAGAACUUCACUUUAUUAGAAGCAUGGAAUGCCGUCAGACGAGUUCAUCGCCGAGCUCAGCCUAAUGAUGGGUUUGCAAGAAUUUUAUUGGAUCUUGACCGGAAAUUGCAUGGGAAGGUGUCAAUGGAGUGGCAACAGCGGAAGCCAACAAUGAAAGUUUGUCCCAUCUGUGGGAAGAAUGCUGGCCUAAGCAGCAGCUCACUCAAGCUUCAUUUGCAAAAAUCGCAUAAGAAGCUAUCAUCAGGAAGUGUGGAUAGUGCUAUGAGUAUGGAGAUACACAAAGUUCUGGAUGCUCUAAAAAUGACUAGAGGUGGAAGUGUCAGCCCAACACAGUCUACUUCAGUUAUGGACUAGAAUGGCAAUCCCUAGUGUAAUUAAUUCAUUGUCAGCGUACGAUGAGCUGCGCAGAAAGUGUAGAUACCCUUCAUUGGCAUCCUCAAACGGAUAAGAGAGUCCUAGCGGCGAUGCUGGAGCUGGGGGUGAGCUAGAUUGAAGUUGUACAUAAAAUGAGAUCAAGUUGUACAUAAAAUGAGAUCAACAAGAUCAGACACCCUCUUGAUAUUUUAUAAACAUUCUCGGUCGUACAUUCAAUAGGUAGCACAUAUUACCGUCUGCUUUUUACCAUGAACUCUCAUACAUUAUCGCUCGUUAUCACAAAACAUAACGUCAAGAAUUGUCGAAAGGUAGAUGUUCCAUCACACACAUCUAGGAAAAGGAUAGGUACCGUAUUUUGGUAUGGAAUGCUUCAUGACAGAAGCAAUGACUACAACAACCAAAAAAAAGGUGGAAUACUUCUUGAUAGAAGCAAGACUAAAACACAAUUUCCAAUUACAUGAAAGCAACCAAAAAAGAAAAGGGGAAAAAAAAAAACUAAAUCAUAACUCUAUCCAUGAAUAUAUUAUGAAAAGCUAA